GAAGCCGCAGCUGUGCCGGGCUGGCCGACAGCGUGCCGACGGCCGCCCCCCAAGCACACGGGCGCUCCGCAGGGAGAGGGCUGCACAGGAAGCUCUGUCGCCCAGUACAAUGGCAGGAAGGAGCGGCCACUCGCUCUGCCUCGGAGCACGGGCCGACGGAGAGGGAUGGGCCCCGCCUACCUGCCGCCCUCGCCCUGCUGCCUGCUGAGCACAGGGGGCGCUGUUCCUCUCCUGAGUCCCCCGAAGCUGACCUGCGCAAAAGCCCGCAUAUCUGGUACGGGGGCCCUGGAAUAACGACCCCCGAAGCUGUAAUUUCAGAUAUGCGGGUGCAGUGGUCCGUUUCUCAUUUUUUAAAGAGCCGGUCCGUCUGCUUGAGGAGACCCGGCUGUCCUGGCUUAGUCGGAGGGGCCCCUUCUUGGCUGCCUGGACGGAGGGUCACGCCGACGGGUCAGCGCUGGCGUGCCGUGGGUGGGGGGGUGAAGGUCCGCAUGAGGGAGAUGGGGGAGUCGGCCAUGUUUGUGUAACACCUCUAACUGUUUUGGUUUCUCACGCCCCCACUCAGUGCUGCCCCCGGUGUUGGUGCCCAGGAACAGCGAGUUCAAUGCCAAGCACAGCAUGCUGCCCCGGUUUCAGAACCCGCUGAACCAGACGGAGCCGCACAUGCCGCACAACGCCAUCUUCCCCGACUCCUUCCCCCCCGCCGGCCCGCUGCCCUUCCCUCACUCGCCCAACGGCAGCUUUCCCGGCUCCCCGGGCAGCGGGAGCAGCAGUGCCACCUUCCCACAUUCUCCGUCUGGCUCCGACCCAGGGAGCCCUUUUCAGAUGCCAGAAACACCCCCACCUGCCUACAUGCCCCCGGAGGACCAGGUGACUCAGGAUUGCCCUCAGCCUAUGGACACCAACAUAUUGGCCCCGCCCCUGCCACUAGAGAUCAAUAACAGGCCAGACGUGCAGCCGGUGGCGUACGAAGAGCCAAAACACUGGUGCGCCAUCGUCUACUACGAGCUGAACAACCGCGUGGGGGAGGCCUUCCAGGCGUCCUCCACCAGCGUGCUGGUGGACGGCUUCACCGACCCCUCCAACAACCGGAACCGCUUCUGCCUGGGGCUCCUGUCCAACGUCAACCGCAACUCCACCAUCGAGAACACCCGGAGGCACAUCGGCAAAGGGGUGCACCUGUACUACGUGGGCGGCGAGGUCUACGCCGAGUGCCUCAGCGACAGCAGCAUCUUCGUGCAGAGCCGCAACUGCAACUACCACCACGGCUUCCACCCCACCACCGUCUGCAAGAUCCCCAGCGGCUGCAGCCUCAAGAUCUUCAACAACCAGGAGUUCGCGGAGCUGCUGGCUCAGUCUGUCAACCACGGCUUCGAGGCCGUCUACGAGCUCACCAAGAUGUGCACCAUCCGCAUGAGCUUCGUCAAGGGUUGGGGGGCCGAGUACCACCGCCAGGACGUCACCAGCACCCCCUGCUGGAUCGAGAUCCACCUACACGGCCCCCUGCAGUGGCUGGAUAAAGUCCUCACCCAGAUGGGAUCCCCAGACAACCCCAUCACCUCCGUGUCCUAGACGGAACGGGGUUGGGGGGGCAGAUGGGGACGAGGCCGAUAGUAGCGGGUGGUGGGGGGGGUUAUAUUUUACUUGAAGGCGGUCUGAAUCAGGCACAUGACAGACUGACACAGGGGGAUUGCGCAUUUGUCUGGAACAUACUUGACCUUCGUAAUCAGAUCAUCAUGUCGCAGGUAUUUCUAACCUUCCCCCAUCCAUCGCCCCCCACCCUCAUCAGCAGUUUUCCUUCCCUCCACUCUCGAGUUCAUAGUGCAGUAUUCCGCUGUGGACCCGGGCUUGACCCGGGAUUGUACAGCGACAUGUCUGAAUACGAGAGGCUGUAACAAGCAACUGAGGUGGGGUGGGGGGGCGGGGGGUGGGAGCGGUAUAAAGGUCAUGUUUUCAUUGAACUUGUUAGCUUAUGACUGUAUUAUAAUAUUUAGGUCAGUAAUUAAUGCAUACAGGCCACUCGUUUUAUAUGAUGUUGGGGGGGGGGUUGGGGGAGUAUGCGAACUGAUGGUUUAUUUUCCCAUCAGACCUGCCUAUAGGUGUUUAAUUUGGGGGGGGGGGUGGUUUCAGUCGGGGCAGGAAGUCCACAUGCUUCAUGUAGCGGCACUUUCCGACUGAAGCCAACCGAGCCUCCCUGCGUUCUCCUUAGGUCAGCAACUCCCAGCCCGGUCCUGUAUUUGCUCCCUCCCAGCUCCUGGUAGCAGGGCGUUAGGAGGGAGCAAAAACGUGGACCGUCUGUGGUCCCCGCGGACCGGGUUGAGAAACACUGCCUUAAGUUUCCCGGGGCGUGCGCCCUACUUGGAUCUGUAGUGUGGUUAGCGUAGCGUAGCCGGGUGCUCGCAGUAAGGGGGUCAAGGCCUGUAGACCCCAGGCCGUGCAAGGUACAGCCCGCAUGGAAUGCAGCGCUGCACUGCACAGUGCAUUCCUACCCUCCUGUUUCUGUGUGUCACCCACUCAGCAAGACCUGCUAGAUGACUGGAAUUGUUUUUAAAAGUUUUGGUUUAAUGACUAAUCAGAAAAAAACAGGCUGUUGUGGAAUAUCAGGAGGCCCAGUAUCAUUUUUAAAAAUAAACCUUAAAUUUCUUACUUUUCAAUUUUUUUUAAGCUUAGGCAAAAAAAAACCCAUCAGCUAUUAAAAUGUUUUCUACUUUUUUGUAUUUUUUUAAAAAACCUGUUCUGUUGUGUCUUGUAUCUGCACUUUUACAGAUGAUGGCUUUCCCAUGUUUAUUUUUUUAUUUGCUGUUUUUGCUGAGUAGUAUUUGCAGAUCUGUUUUAUUCCAUGAAAAAAAAACAAUCAAGUCUCUACUGGAAGACUUAAUAAAAUUGUUUCACUACCA